UGAAAGUUCACCCCCUCAUAGUAAUCACACUUGGAAGUAGGUGCCAAUUGCCACCCAAAUAAGCUUAGCAAUAACAUCCCAAAAGCUCUGCAACUCUCGGCCAAAAAAAUAAUAAUAAUGAAGAUCUCAACGCUCACUCUCCAAAUCUCCCCCUCCCCAUCCGGCUCCAAGCCACACCAACCUCACCACAAAAUCUCCACCACCAUCAUCCACCCCCUUCAACGCAUCACCACAUUCAAAACCCACAACAACAACCACCGGAGCACGCCACCGAGAACCACUGCAAUAAUAAACAAGCCAGUGAUUCAAGAAACCCACAAAAGAGAGCGCACAUAUGCUCCACCAAGUGAUUUUUCACGGUUCGUGGUGGUGGGAGCUGUUUCUAUGGGUUUGGCUUUGAUCCUGAUGGAAGCCGAUGUUCAAAAGGCUUUGGCUUUGGGUCCUGAAGGGCCGUUGAUGGAGGUGUUUUGGGACAAUGUGAGGAGAUACGCGCUUUAUGCACUGACGGUCAGUACGGGGGCUAUUUAUACCAUCAUGCAGCCUAUACUGGAGUUGUUGAAGAACCCCAUCUCUGCGGUUCUUAUAUUGGUGAUUUUGGGUGGUGGAAUCUUCAUUGUUUCGCAAAUACUUUCGGCUAUGGUUGGAAUCACCGAUUUUACUUACAGUUAUGGAUAUUAGGUUUUCAGUUCCAUUAGCACAACUUUAUCUUAUCCUUUCAAGAUAAUCUUAUCUCUCAUGCCGC